UCCUUCUCUCACUCACUCUCUCCUUUUUUUUCUACAAUUAAACAACUGAUCAACUUGAUUUUAUUCAUUUAACUAAUUGUCAACAACUACACAACAUUUUCUCUCAUUUUACCCUUUACAUUUUAAAUUGUUGUUGUUGGUUUUUUCUUUCAUUUUAUUGGGUAGACUUUUUUAAUUUCUCUUUUUUUCGAAGGAUAAUUAAUAAAUUCUAUAUUCUUGUUACUCUCUAAUUGUCAUCUUAUACUUUCCAUCAUCUGUUGAUUUUUGUUUGACGCUUUUAAAUACACUCAGAGAAUAGAAAAUGCCUGAAAAAGCUGAUAUUGCUCUUAUUGGUUUGGCUGUUAUGGGUCAAAAUCUUGUUCUUAAUAUGAACGAUCAUGGGUUUACGGUAUGUGUUUACAAUCGUACUGUUGAAAAGGUAACCCGGUUUUUGGAGAACGAAGCUAAAGGAACCAAAAUAGUUGGAGCUAAAUCACUUGAAGACAUGGUUGCCAAAUUAAAGAAACCCAGGCGAAUUAUGCUUCUAGUUAAAGCUGGAUCUGCCGUUGACGAUUUUAUCAAACAAUUACUUCCUUUCCUAGAGAAAGGUGAUAUUAUUAUUGACGGUGGUAAUUCCGAGUAUCAAGAUACCCAAAGAAGAUGCGAUGAACUUAAAGCCAAGGGUUUACUUUUCAUUGGAACCGGUGUCUCAGGGGGAGAGGAAGGUGCUCGGUUUGGUCCAUCUCUUAUGCCUGGAGGACAUAUUGAAGCUUGGCCUCACGUUAAAGACAUUUUCCAAAGCAUCUCUGCCAAAGUUGGUUCAGAACCUUGUUGUGAUUGGGUUGGUGACAAUGGUGCUGGACAUUUCGUUAAAAUGGUUCACAAUGGUAUCGAGUAUGGAGACAUGCAACUUAUUUGUGAAGCUUAUCACCUAAUGAAAGAUGGUCUUGGUUUAAGUUGUGAUGAGAUGGGAAAAGUUUUAGAUGAAUGGAAUAAGGGUGAACUUGACUCUUUCCUUAUUGAAAUUACAGCGGAAAUAAUGAAAUACAAAGAUACCGAUGGUAAACCCUUGGUAGAUAAAAUUCGUGAUUCAGCUGGACAAAAGGGAACCGGUAAAUGGACAGCCAUCUCAGCGCUAGAAUAUGGUGUACCUGUUACUCUAAUCGGUGAAUCGGUUUUCGCUCGGUGUUUAUCUUCAUUAAAAGACGAAAGAGUCAAAGCAAGUUCUGUACUCAAAGGACCUUCAGAAACUCAUUAUAAAGGAGAUAAAAAACAAUUUAUUGAGCAUAUACGAAAGGCUCUCUAUGCAUCCAAGAUAAUCUCAUACACUCAAGGAUUUAUGUUACUUCGUGAAGCUGCUCGUGAGUUGAAAUGGAAACUCAACUAUGGAGCUAUCGCUCUCAUGUGGAGAGGUGGUUGUAUCAUUCGAAGUGUUUUCCUUGGUAAUAUCAAAUCAGCCUUCGAAAAGGAUCCAUCUCUUACUAAUCUUCUUAUGGAUCCAUUUUUCCGAGAUGCAAUUCACACAUGUCAACAAUCAUGGAGAUAUGUUGUUUCUCAGGCCGUUCUUCUUGGUAUUCCAACUCCCGCUUUUAGCACUGCUCUUGCUUUCUAUGAUGGUUAUCGAGCAGAAAAACUGCCCGCUAACUUGAUUCAGGCUCAACGAGACUUUUUCGGCGCUCACACCUAUGAACUAUUGAACAAACCCGGUCAAUAUAUUCAUACAAAUUGGACUGGACGUGGAGGAUCAGUUGCAUCAACCACUUAUACUGCAUGAUGAUCGUUAACAGUUUGGGAAUAAUAAAUUUAUAAAUUGUUUUGUUUUUGUUAAUUGCUACUUAUUAAUAUAAUUGUUACAGUUUAUGAAUUUCAGUUCAAAAUAAUAUCAUAAAAGAUACUGUUGAAUAUCAAAUUUCUCUAGAUCAAAACUAUUCUUUCAAUAGAUUGUUUUAAUUUAACUUUAUCUCAAUAAAUAAAUCCUGAUUCAAUUGUAAUCAGAUUUAUAAUCUUAA